AUGGCUUCAAGGUCAACUCAUAUUGGAUUUGAAGGUGUACAAGAUCAACUAACACGAAUCCCUAUUGGAUUUGAAGGACUUGUACAAGAAUAUGAUAAUAAUGUACCAACAAAUAGUUCUUCAGUAAAUAAAAAUCCUAAUUCAAGUUUACCAAUUCAAAGAAAUAAAGUCUCAUCGUCUGAGUAUGCAUUAAAUAUUCCGAAAACAAUGCCUUCUUUUUCUUCUUCGUCUUCAUCGAAAUCAAAUGAAAAUUCUCAAGUAACAGUACCACGUCUGUUCACUUCAUUUUUAUCUGCUGUUUAUACUGAAUUUUAUACAGUAUGGUUUCGAAAGAAAUGGUUAAUAUUUAGUGAUAAUCAUAAAGAAAUAUUUUUAACAUUACGUUCAGAUAUAUCAUGUUAUUUAACUGUACAAAUGGCAAUCGAUCAGAAUUGUUUUGUAAACAAUAAACUACCUCUUCUUAAUCAACCUGAAUGUUUACUUAUUCGAACAGAAGCCAACAACAAAAGUUUAUUUUUACCUAAUUCAAUUAUUUCAUUUGAAAAAUUUUUUGAUAAAAAUAUAAAAAAAUUUUUUCACGGAAAAUUAAUUGCUAUUUUAUGUGAGUCAGAUAAAAUAAAUAACAAAUUAAUGUUUUAUAAACAUUCUCUAACAAAUCAUUGGUAUAUUUUUUAUAAUGAUCUCAUAAAACCAUCACGAUCAUUUUCAAAUAUAUUAUCGAAUGAAGAACAACAUAAACUUGAAUCAAUUUUAACAGAAAAUAAUCAUCGAAAGUUUAUUCAUCCAUCUGAAUUAGUUCUUCCUUUAUCUUCUUUAUGUUAUCAUCCUAUUACAUAUAUAUAUCUCGUACAGAAAAAUUCUAUGGCGCACGAUGAUAAAGAUGAUUUUCUUAAGUGCAUCAUAAAUGAAGCUAAAACUGGUUACAUGGAAUCUCGUUGUCGAGAUUAUUUAGAUGUACAAACAUAUAGACAUGCGGUAUGUUUUGAUACAGGAGAAUAUUUUGAUGCAUUAGAAUUAUAUGCUCCAGUUGGAUCAUUAACUAUUCAAAAAAUAAUUGAUGAUCAUCAAGAUUUAGAUACAAUUCAUUUACGACGACCAGCACCUGUUAUUUUACCAAUAAUAAUAUCAAAAAUUUGUAAUGAUCCUGAUUCAUAUGUAAUUCCAUCAGGAGUACUUAAUAUUCAUGCAAUUCUUCCUCGUUCACCACGUUAUCAACUUGAAGCUGUUAUAUGUGAACUAAAUCAACAUUGUAUUGUUUUCGUAAAAAAUUUAGAAACAGAUAAAUGGUAUUAUUAUCAAAAAGGAUAUACAUGUGAACAAUUUAGUAGUGAUUUAAAUGACAAUUUAAAUAAUAUAAUUGAAUCAAGAUCAGUAAAUGAACAAAUACGCUUAAUAGAAUCCGCACAUUUUCUUGUAUCAUUAAUAUUUCAUAAUGCAGUUAAAUAUGUUUAUAGACAAGAAGAGAAGUGA